AAGCGCCGAUCCCUGUACCUUUGCUUUAAAUUUAAACGACGCCGUUGAACAGUUAUGUCACCUUUAAACGACAUCAUUUUCUUUUUUGCUUUGUUUCCUUUAGUUUUAACUAUUGACUGCCCAACAUUGAAAAUCGAUCCGUGGACUCGUCUAGGACUACUGGAAGCUCUCUCUCUCUUUCUCUCUGUUUGUGAACGAACAAACUAAAAUAAAACAGAGUAUAAACUCAGAUUUCUCAGAAACACAUAAACAAACUGAAUUUCUUUUUCACAAUUUCUAGGUUUCUCCACCCUAUAUUCCCGGGUCUUCUUAAAAUUUUUCCAUUCCCUGUUUGGUUACCAAGAAAAAGAAAGUAAACAAAGGCAACAUUAUACAUAAGAAAGAAAAGAUCCCUUCUUUGCUCCACACCUCGCUAUUCCAUCUUCUCUGCUAUUCAAAGCUGUCAUCUUUGUUUUAAAUAAAAAACAGCUAUUCAGCACUCAGUUGAUCCCAUUCUUCUUCUCUCUUUUUUUCUUUUUAUUUUAAUGGAAGCGUGAAAAAGGUCUGGUUUUUGUUUCAUUUAUGGGUUUUAGUCAGCUUUCGGAAUAUUUGAAGGGGUCGCUGUUCGGUUAGCUGGCUGGUUGGUUGGUUUAGCUUCUGAUGUGUUGGUUUUUGUUUUUAAAAAGGAAAAAUUGUUUAUAAUAUUGGUAUUUAAAUGGUUCUAAAAUGACGGAUUCUACCAAAGUAAGACUGGUUAGGUGUCCAAAGUGCGAAAACCUUCUUCCUGAACUUGCCGAUUACUCUGUUUAUCAGUGUGGAGGUUGUGGUGCCGUUCUUCGAGCAAAAGAUAAAAAUCCGGACACAGAUACUGUAUCACACAAGUCUGAUGAAGCUCAACUUGUUGGAGUUGCUACUGAGUUGCAGAAUUCCUUGGAAAAGGGAGUUGUGGAGUUGAGUGAUACUUCGGAGGCGGAUAAUAAGUCAAAUGCUGGUUCUUUGAGUUGUGAUGAAAAGAAUUCUGAGAAGAAUGAUACUGAUAGAUGUAGAAAUCCAUCUAAGGUUCCAAGCGGUAAAUGGAUUGUCGAAAAUGAUGCUGAUAUGAACAUCGACAGAGAUCAUGUGGGCAAUUCUGUGGGAAGAGAUUAUGACAAUUUGAAUUCUGAAAUCAAUCGUACAUGCAGGCCUUGGAGAUCUGGACAGAUGUCAGGCCGGGAACGUGGGGAGAGAAGUGAAAUGGAGGGGUUUCGGCGAGUCAUGAGAGCGGAGGUUGAAGGUGUAAGAUUUUCGACUUCAAAUUACCUGGAUGAGGGACCAUCUAAUUACAAUUUGGAUUCUUCUUAUAUUUAUGGACAACCUUUAAGGAAACAUGAUGACCUUGAUGGGACAAGCAGAGCUCAAUAUCUUGAAAAAGAUCGAGCAGAGCUUCUCAGGAAACUGGAUGAGCUAAAGGAGCAACUUAGUAGGUCUUGCGAUGUAGCUGAUAAACCCAAGGAGAAGGUCCCUCUUAACGGAAGGAUGGGUCAAUCAGAUCCCUAUACUGGUUCUGCUUCUGACACAUGGUUUCCUGGUGGUUCAUCAAUGCCUGAUAGGGCUUCAAUGCAGUUUUUUGGGGCUGAUAAACAUGCUGGCAGGCCUCCUUAUUUCCAUCAUCUCCCUGAUUCAUUUCCUUAUACUAAUGGCCAUGAAAUGUCUAUGCACAAUUUUCAUCCUUCAAUGCACAAGUCAAAUCAUAUUCCUGGCUUUGGGGAUCCAUUUGGGCUAAAAACAGCUCCACAUCAGUUAUCUGGUCAAUACCCAUCUCAUCAAUACUUCUCUAGACAUUACUUUGAUAUCAAUUCUGAUCCAUUUGGGCCAUACACAUCCAAUUCAAACUUUCACCAGCCUUCUUGUUCUUGUUUCCAUUGCUACGAGAGACAUCAUGGAGUUUCAGCACCAGUUCCACCCACUGCUUUCAGCAAUAAAAGAUUCCCUGAUGUUUUAAACAAUCCCAUGCUGUAUCAACAUGAAAACCGUGGGGCAUUUGCCCCACAUGUUCACAAUUCCAGGACUACAGUUCCUCCACCACUGGAUUUUCGUGGUGCUCAAUCCCAUGCAAGAUGGCCAAGUGAUCUUAACUCUGAAAUGGGCGGUUUCGUUCGCUGUCGGCCUCGAAGAGUAGUCUUAGCCGGUGGUGGCUGUUGCUGCCAACCCAUGGCUGGUGGUGCUCCAUUUUUUUCUUGUUUUAAUUGCUUUGAAGUGCUGCAAGUUCCAAAGAAAGUAUUGCUUAUGGGAAAGAAUCAACAAAAGAUCCAGUGUGGUGCCUGUUCUACAGUCAUCGAUUUUGCUGUUGUAAAUAAGAAACUCGUGCUUUCUAUUAACACUGAAGUAACACAAGUUCCCAUUGAGGUUGACAAUAGCUCUACUGAGAUGAUUAAAGAGAGCACUUCAUAUUCCCAUGACCAUAUGAGCCGGAUGAAUACUAAUUUCUCUUCUGAUGAUUAUGAUAAUUCUGGUUAUGACUUCCAAAUAGUAGAUACAGAUCCAAUUGCACUAUUAUCAGGCCAGGGUUUGAACUCAAUGAAGCAUCAGGAGAUGAAUGGUUUCCAUACUUCAUCUCUAAGUACGUCUGAAGAUGAAAAUAGUCCAGAUGCUUUAAUUGCUCCAAGAGAGAUCAUCAACUCUGCUCAGCAGCCAAUUAAAGCUAGUCUAUCUCCACCACCUCCUGGUUCACCUCUUCAACAACAUUUUGAUUUUUCUUCUAAUAAUAAUAAUGCAGUUAACCGGUUUGGGAAGGGAAACCGAAGCAGUCGCUCGGAUCAGGAAAAAGUGAUGACUAAUAAUAAAGCCACUACACGACAAAAUUCUAUGAAAGAUUCAUCUUUGGCUACUGAGAUAGAGGUGCCAUUCCAUGAGUACUCUCAUACUGGGGUGUCUCAAGAUUCUGGUGAUGCAAACAGAGAAGAUAAUCAGCUGAAAGUCAGCAAAGGGGGUGACUCAUUUUUUGCAAACAUUAAAAAGAGUUUUAAGGAUUUAUCCAGAUCAAAUCAAAUAGAUGACCGCAGUAGAAGUAAUGUCUCUGUGAAUGGCCAUUUCAUACCAGAUCGUUUGGUUAAGAAGGCUGAGAAGUUGGCUGGACCAAUCCAUCCUGGACAAUAUUGGUAUGAUUCCCGAGGUGGAUUUUGGGGUGUCAUUGGUGGGCCAUGCCUUGGCAUAAUUCCUCCAUUUAUUGAAGAAUUCAAUUAUCCAAUGCCAGAAGAUUGUGCUGGUGGGAAUACCAGUGUAUAUGUAAAUGGGAGAGAACUUCACCAAAAAGAUUUGGAAUUGCUGUCUGGCAGAGGACUUCCUGCUGAUAAGGACAGAUCUUACAUCAUUGAGAUCUCUGGAAGAGUCCUGGAUGAAGACACUGGCAAAGAGCUAGAUAGCCUUGGCAAACUUGCUCCAACAGUUGAGAAGGUAAAGCAUGGAUUUGGCAUGAAGGUUCAGAAACCAGUUGCAUAAUGAAAUCACAGCAGACGCAGAGUCCAACAUUGCCUUACCAGCACGUGAUAAAUCACCAUCUUAGCAAAAUUGUUAGAAGGAUAUGAAUUUCUUUUUUGCUUUUUCUUUUCCUUUCUUUUCCAGUGUAGUUGGAUGGCACCCUCCAUAAACAUAUAAAGCUUGAUUUUCAUCUUUUGAUGAUGCACUUCGAGUGUUAUUCAUAUAGCUAAAUGGACAGUCAUUGUGCUCUCGAUAAAUUGCACUUGAUGAUGUAACUCUCCAAUUCUUUUAAGAUGCCGGUAUUAGUAUUUGUACA